CAUGCGUCAAACGCAGCGUCAUCGACAGCCGACGGCCGACGCCGACCGAUCGUCAACGUGGAUCGUGAAGAACAGAAAUAUCCGCUGCGAUCUCUUGCCAACAUGGCUGCGAUUCGCCAUUCAGACGCAUUCAGUAGUCGCCAUUCUGUUUUUUAGUGCCGAAUUCAGUUAAAUUUCAGUCGCAAUCGUAGUUGUAACGUGUUUUUGCAAUGGCAUGUGAACCAUUUACCGGCGAGCAAGACCGAAAAUUAGUAGAAUUGGUUGAAGUGAACCCGUGUCUGUACCAAUUAGACCAUCCGUCACACAAAGAUGUAGAAAUGAAGAUGCAAACUUGGGAAACAAUAGCAGAAGAGAUCGGAAAAUCGGUGAUCAGAAGAAUCAGAAUUAUGAUUCAGUGAUAAAAUCAAAGGCUAUGAUAUAAUGUAUUAGGACAUACAGUGUAAUUGGAAAAGGAAAAAAGUUACUUUACAUGAUAUUGUUUCUUCAAAACAUUAGAACUGCCUGGUUUAAUAUAAACAGUUACAAAUUUAAAAAUAUUUAAGAAAUUAUAGUAUCAGUUGAAUAUACAUAUGGAGAAAGAAUGAGAUAAAAACAAGCGUACUGUUUACAAAACAUAACACUCCGAACUCCGAGAAAAGCGAGUCCAAGAUUCAAGCUCCGCUUAGAUAAAUAUAUCUUGGGGGUUGAGUUACCUACCAAGCGCGUCCCCAGGUGGCGGAUAGGGGUAAGCUGCAGACUCUAAGGUACUGUGGUAAAGAGGAUGAAUCAAUCUUCUCGCGGACCAGCUCCCACGUGUUUGUGCCGUGCGUGGCGACCCGUGUCGUCGGAUGAUGGGUACCUGGUGGUUGAGCGCCAAACGCAACACAUCACUUUGGUCCGGAUUUCGAUUAGACGGGCGGCUAGGAACUAACCCAUCCCUAGUCAAUCGGCUGUGUCGUCCCGUAAGAGGGCCGACAGGGUGAGAUCUUGGAGUUAGGGGCGCGUAGGGGGUUGCGAACGGGAUUGUUGGGUGGCUCCUGCUUCCUCUCUCGCAUAACCCCUUCACAGCGUUGCCUAUUCUUUGGGAUCUAUAUUUAUCUAGCAACCCUGGUGUUCGCAUGGGCUUGCCAUGCGACUCCCCCUAUGUGGGACUCCGUGGUGGGUGGGGAGCUAGAUACAUGAAUUCAUGUUAAAUGUAUGGAUAGAUAUUCUUUGAAAGCCAAACGCGAGUUUCCCUCGCCAUUUAUACCUUCUGGAGCUGAGUAUCAACGCUCGCAACAGCAACAACACACACUUGCAGGUAAUUCUGAGUUACAAAUACCAGGCCGAAAGCGUAGACAGCGCUUAACACACGCUGAAAUUAAGAGGAGAAAAAAAGCGCGGGAGACGGAGACGAUGUCAAACAGAUAUUACUCGUCGCAACGAUCACCGUCUCCCAAAUACAAUUACUCAUCACAAAGAUCACCAUCUCCUCAAUACCACUUAUCACAGCGAUCACCAUCUCCUCAAUUCAGUUACUCGUCACAACGAUCACCAUCUCCCCAAUUCCAAUUGAAAAGAACCGCUAUGCAUCCCACCAAUGUGCAACGCUCUUAUACGAGAACGUUAGAAGAGGCACCUAGCACUAGCCGAACUCAUUUUGCGGAACAAUCCUCGCCCCAGAAAAUCCAAUCAAAAUGGACAGCAAAGAAAUCGAAAUAUGUGCAGUCACCGUUCAUGAGGGAACCCAAGAAGGAGGUAAACUAUAACUGGACACAGUUCAUGGAAUCGCCCCCGAAAUAUCCAUCAAUAUGGAACCAACCUCUUUCUAAGAGAAAGCCUGAACAGCCGGCAAGUUCUAGCCGUGCUUACAAUUCUGACCGGGCAUCGCCUUCCAGACUUCCCCCGGUAACACAACCCGAAAAAAAGAAGUUUCAUUCCGAUAAUACACCACCUGAUUUAGCAUGGAAGGCCGGGCAUCCUGCGAAGAAAUUUCCCAAGCAGAAUACACAAAUUGCAUCCACAUCUAAGCAGCAUCAGUAUCCAUAUUCCAAAAAUCCAAUUAAUAAACCACCUACUUUUAAAGGAGGAGUUAAAUUUUCUAACCAACAUAUACAAAUACCAUCCAAAAAACAGCAAUUUUAUGAUUCGUUUUCCAAAAAACCCUUCAGGAAAGCAAACUCUAAUUUGCCGUCUGCCAACAGGAUGGAUUUCGUUUAUAACCAUCUUACAAUGGCCAUUAUCGAGGAGAAAGAUCGUUUCGGAAAAAUAUCAAAGAAGAACGAAGUCCUUAUUAAAGGAAUGUUAAUGGAAAAACUGGAUAAAUUUUUAUUAGAAGAUAGCAACAGAAAUGUAAAUCCCCCAGCAUUUCUUUCGUGGACUUAUAUAAAGAAAGUUAUCAGGGUUACCUGUCGAGAUCAAUAUACUGUAGAAUGGCUAACCGAAACCGUGAAUAAUUUAACGUUUGAGCAAAAUUUAAUACUAUCUGUUGUUAGGGCCGAUGCAUUGCCUAAGAUGACGAAAGUUACUCUCGAGGUUCCUUUAGAAUCGACUAGUGGCCUUAACGCUAAAGAUAUAAUAAUUAAUCGCUUGGCGGGCCAAAAUCCGUCUCUAAACAUCAGAAACUGGUAUGUUGUCCAAGCCAAUGAAACGAUGUCGGGUCAUUUCUUUGUUUUCGCACUUGAUGAAAAAGAUAUCCUUACCUUAAAAAAAGCGAAAAUGAGAGUCUUUUACCUUUUUGAAACUCUUUUUCUAAGACUAACAAAAGGUUCAAUUCAUGUCAAGCCUCAUACCUUCACCUCGUCAGUUCCAAACAUACAGUCCCUUAAGACAAUCGGCGCCACUUCAGCCCCAAGCGUACAGUUGCCUCAAUUAUCUCACGAUGCUUCGGAUCCGAAUAUACAGUCUAUUAAGUCAUCUGACACCUCUUUAGUUACAAACGUGCAGUCGCCUAUAGAAAUUUACGACCCCUCGGAACCAAGCAUGCAGUCACCUAAAUCCUGUAAUACAUUUUCACGUCCCAACGUCCAGGCCUCUAAGGAAGCUGAUCCCGCUUUAGUAUCAAACGAAGAGUCUCCUAAAUCAUCGGAGGCCUCUACAGUUUCAAACGAAACCGAAACCUCUUCAGUACCAAACAAGCAGUCUCCUGAGUCAUCUGACUGCUCUUCAGUUCCAAACGCGCCAUCUCCUACUGCAAGUGACGCCAUUACAGCUUCAGACGCGCAGUCCUCUGUAGAAAUUGAAGUCUCUUCAGUACCAGACAAGCAGUCUUCUAAGGCAUCUGACACUUUAGUUCCAAACGCGCAAUCUCCUACGGCAACUGCCACCAUUACAGCUUUAGACGCGCAGUCCUCUGUAGAAAUUGAAGUCUCUUCAGUACCAGACAAGCAGUCUUCUAAGGCAUCUGACACUUCUUUAGUUCCAAACGCGCAAUCUCCUACGGCAACUGCCACCAUUACAGCUUCAGACGCGCAGUCCUCUGUAGAAAUUGAAGUCUCUUCAGUACCAGACAAGCAGUCUCCUAAGGCAUCUGACACUUCUUUAGUUCCAAACGCGCAAUCUCCUACGGCAACUGCCACCAUUACAGCUUCAGACGCGCAGUCCUCUGUAGAAAUUGAAGUCUCUUCAGUACCAGAUAAGCAGUCUCCUAAGGCAUCUGACACUUCUUUAGUUCCAAACGCGCAAUCUUCUGCGGCAACUGACACCAUUACAGCUUCAAACGUGCAGGCCUCUGUAGAAAUUGAAGUCUCUUCAGUACCAGACAAGCCGUCUUCUAAGGCAUCUGACACUUCUUUAGUUCCAAACGCGCAAUCUCCUACGGCAACUGCCACCAUUACAGCUUCAGACGCGCAGUCCUCUGUAGAAAUUGAAGUCUCUUCAGUACCAGACAAGCAGUCUCCUAAGGCAUCUGAUACUUCUUUAGUUCCAAACGCGCAGGCCUCUGUAGAAAUUGAAGUCUCUUCAGUACCAGACAAGCAGUCUCUUAAGGCAUCUGACACUUCUUUAGUUCCAAAAGCGCAAUCUCCUACGGCAACUGGCGCCGUUACAGUUUCAAACGCGCAGUCCUCUAUAGAAAUCGACGCAUCUUCAGAACCAAACGAGCAGUCUUCUGAAACAACUGAAGUCCCUUCAAUUCUAAACGAGGCAGAGUAUAUUUAGUUCUACGUAAAAAAUAGUUCUUUGGGCGAAUCUACCAUUUCUGGAUCUCCAAAUUAGCUCUUCUACUAAAGUUAAGUCAAGAAGAGCAAUUUAUGUUCCACUGGUCAUAAACACUAGUCACUUGAUAUAUGUCGUAAUGGUUAAGUAAAUGUUCAUCUCACUAUAUUAUACGCUAUACUGACUUGAAGUACGGUUCCUUAAACCGCCAACAAGGAAAAUGGAUCGAUCUACUUGUCAAAGACUGGCACGCCAAUAACUGGGAAUUAUUCUUCAAUUACUAGUGCAAAUGAGGUAGUGAAGAUAUUAAAAUAUAUGG